AUGACGCCAACAGCUCUUGGUGGCGGGGCAGGGGCGUUGUUCUCGUCGGCGUCACCACGAGCCAUGGACGUGCUCGAAACCGCGGGUCUUACCAGAUUCGCAACACCCGAGUGCUGUAACAUUCCCGACUGUGCACGGAUCCCUUCAAACACCGCGACUACGACACGGAAGGUUCUGAUCACUGACGCGGAGCUGCGACGACGGGUCGAGAAUGUGGAAAUCACCACCGACUUUAGCAACGCACUGGCCAACGUAUCGCUGCAUGGUUGGAAAUGGAAACGUGACUGCAGCACCUUCUCCACGUUCACCCGAAGCAUCGCCACUGGAAGUGGUGCGACGAUUGCCGAUGCCCAAGUGCUAGCAAUGGGCACAGUCUCCGGUGGCCGGGCGUUAGAUAGAUUGACCUCUCUUAUGAGGACACCCAACGAGAGCGACCUCAACAAGGUGAUGCGGCAGCUGUACAAGCGGGACUUAAUCUACGGGUCUCUGGUUCAUACUGUGUCCUCGAAUUCGACAGACGACAGCUUACUGUCGGUCAAGACGUGCGCAUUCGUGCGAUUCAAGAGGUUCUCCCAGAAGAAGAACGAGCAGAUGUGCUACAUCGAGCAGCUCCGACCGACCAAGGACGGUUUCGCUCUCGUCUUCACUUCGCUACCCCAGCACGAGGUCCUUGCCGGCAAGGCCAGUGGGAAACAUGUCGACGACCUGUGUCCAUUCCGUGGGUGGAUGCUGGUCGAAAAGACACCAGAGAGCAGGGCCAGUGUGCGUGUACUCUUCCACGCUGGCGUGGAUCCCGACUUCAUUGCCGCGGACAAGAACACCAGCUUGGGUCUCUGUACAGCCAAAACGACAGGUGCGCGACUGCAUCGACUUGCCAAAGGUGUGUGUCGAUUAGGUGAGGUGCUCCACCACCAGCGUCGAGCGGACUCCACCAAAGGAAACAGCAAAAACAACCAGCGCCAAGUCAGUACGGACGUUUCUAACUCACACUGCGUGGCCUGCACCUCCAAAUUCGAUCUGUUGCGACGUCGUCGACGCUGCGGUCUAUGUGCCUACAAUGCCUGCUCCAAGUGCUGCUACCGCGAACCUAUGAUCAUCUACAACCGCUACGCAGCGACCAUCCAGUUUUGUGCUCGAUGUCGGGAACGUAUGAUCGGUGGUGGAUACCCACAUCUUCGACUGGCGGCUCGACGCUUUAGCUCACCUGGCAUCGCGACUUCACUUUCGACGCCUCGGUAG